AUGGCAUCUAGUAAGAACUCACUCUCCGUGCUAUUCAUGGCUUUGGUCCUCAUGGCUGUUGUAAGUGAAUUGGCAACUGCAAGUUCGAUAACAGCAUAUGGUGGACCAGGUUGCGCCGGCAGACGUGUUAGGUUAGAUGGGUGUGGAUGCUCGAACAUUGUUUUCCGGAAUGGUUAUGAAUUUGUUUACACUGGUCAAACUGCUAACAUGUAUAACCAAGCAGACUGUCAGGGUGUGAGCAAUUUCGCUUUCAAUGCCAAUGCUAGUGGGAGCAGCCCCUUUGGAUGGAGGAGCGUAUUCAUCCAGUGUUAA